UCCCCGGCGCGCGGCGGGACGGCGGCGGCGGCGGCGGCGGCGGCGGCGGGUGCCCGCCUGCAGACACAGCAUGAGCGAAGUUCUCUGCAAAAAACGUGAUGACUAUUUGGAAUGGCCCGAGUAUUUCAUGGCCGUGGCCUUCUUAUCGGCACAGAGGAGCAAAGAUCCAAAUUCCCAGGUCGGAGCCUGCAUCGUGAAUGCAGAAAACAAGAUUGUGGGCAUCGGGUACAACGGAAUGCCAAACGGGUGCAGCGAUGACCUCUUGCCUUGGAGGAGGACAGCGGAGAAUAUCCUGGAUACCAAGUACCCUUACGUGUGCCACGCCGAGCUGAAUGCCAUUAUGAACAAAAACUCGGCGGACGUGAAAGGCUGCUCCAUGUACGUCGCCUUGUUCCCGUGUAAUGAAUGUGCUAAGCUCAUCAUCCAGGCAGGUAUAAAAGAAGUUAUUUUCAUGUCUGAUAAAUACCACAACAGCACUGAGACGACGGCGGCCAGGCUCCUGUUUGAGAUGGCUGGGGUUUCCUUCAGAACAUGGAUUUUAUGGAUGACUCCUCUCUAGAGCUGGUUGGUUUUCACUGUGUACGAGAGCAAAAAAACAAAAAAAUGUACUCUUCUUUCGCUUUGGAGUGAUUCCAAGUUGGCUGUGGAACUGUCCUGGACAAUAAGAUAAAUCUGGUGGGAAAACGAGUCGUUGAAUAUCAUGUUGUGCAGCUAACUUGUUAGAAAUCCUCUGACUCCCUGGUAAUUCAUGUGCUCAGCUAGCUGAAGAACACACGAGCCAAACCACCCCCUGCAUCUUUUUUGGUCUCAGUCUUUGCUGGUCCGUGGUCCUCUCGGUGUGGUGCACUCUAAUUGGCUCCUACAGAGACAAAAUAUCAAGUGAAUCCUGGAAAGUUUUUUCCUCCCCACGGAAAAUGUAGGUUAAGCCAAAGUAAACAAAUUGCUUUAAGUACGCACUGGAUAAAAUCUUUAUUAUGUUUUGUUUCUUAACGUUUAGGAAAUUCACACCAAAGUGCAGCCAGAUUGUCAUUGACUUUGAUUCAAUUAACAGCAGACCAACUCAGAAGCUUCCGUGAGUUACAUCUCAUUAAAUCUCCAGAAGAUUGGGGUUAUCCUCUGCUAAGAAGCUGCUAAAUACCUUUCAUCUUGAAGUUACACGUAACUUUUUAAUAGCCAGGACGGCAAAAGUAGACAUCUGAAGAAUAUAAAACCUCAAAUCUUCCUGUCUCCUCUGUCACAUGGGAUCAGCAUCUAUUUAAACUAUUGAUUUAAGGUUUAAAAUAAAGGCGCCAUAGGUGGCCUGUCGCAUGGGGCUGGAACGGGGCGCCCCCCCUUGCCUCCUGGUUUUCAGGGCGCUGGUGACUCUGCAGGAGGGCGUGUCGUCCACUGUGCCUCACAGCCUCUCUUCAACGCUACGUGGGCUGGAAGGACACAUGAAUAAUUGCUCUCUUCCACUGGGAUGAGCAGACACCCUGAGCGGAACAUCUGGCCCAAAUGAAGCAUAACGCGUCAUGCCCUUGGGAAGAAAAAGCUCCCAUGUGAUGGUAGCAUUUAAGUAUUUGCUUUAGAGAAUUGAGGGAACCCCACCCACCCACCCAAAGGUCCUAGACAGGGAGCACAUCUGUCCUGACAGCCAAUGAGUGUAACUGAGCUCGGGAGCCUUUCUCUGCUUCUGCUGUCCUGCCACCCACAGGGUAGUGGCACCGUGUCUCUCAGGGGGGCAGGGACCCCUGUUGUUUUUGCUUCUUACCUUUGGUUUGUGGGUGACACAGCUCUCACGGUAGUUUAUCCAAAUAAUGAGCUGCUCCCGGAGGAGGCAGCCAGCCUCCCCGUGUCUCCAAACCCACGCCCUGCUGUGGGGCGGGCUGUGUGGAUGGGGGCGGUGGGCCUGCACCUGCUUCUCCCACCCGGGGCCACGUUGCUGCUGCUCCUUGUGCCAGCCUCGUUCAUUUCCGAGGUUGCGCUGCACCAGGGGAGUCAUUAGUUCCCAUCCUGUACGUGAACCGGGAGGAAGUUCAGCUGGCCUGCAGGCGUUUCUUCCACAUCUGUUGGUGAUGGGAGCUCACCUGUGCCUUUCCAGACACAAACCUCACCUUCCUAAUCACUGUGCUUUGGGGAAUGCAUGGCAGUGCACCUUGCCUUUAAUCUCAUUUAAUUCUUACUAAACUCAUUCAGUACCUUUGUGGAGAAAAUGGUUUCUUUAUCCUAAAGAUUAUGACCGUUUCAAAGUGCUCUUAUAUUUUUAUGAGUUUUUAUUUUGUCUCUGAGGUUUUGUACAACAUGUUCUGGGGCAUCUGUAAUUUGGCUCCUUACCAACGUUAUUAAAAUCUUAUUAAAGUCCGCCA